GGGAAUCAGCACGUGCUAUGUAAAGUCACGCGACAGACAUUUCCUUUUUGAUAACACCAGACAUGGAAUGACUUAGUGUUCGUGGCCAAAACUGUAAACCAACGUCUUAAUUUAAACAGGCAUUUCCGCUUUUUGGCAAGCUUCAUAUCUAAGCGACGGCGUAAAAUUCGUAAAUGUCAAAAAACAUGGUCAUAUAGUCACGUCAUGUGGCGGGAAAAGAAAGACUACGACAUUUCUUAUAAGGUUGUGUUACUGGGAGAGACAUUCGUCGGUAAAACGGCCUUGCUGAAUUACCUCCAGGGAGAGCCACUCGACAAACAACCGAUGCCAACAAUAGGAUUUGAUUUUAUCACUCACACAUUCGAUGUAGAGGGAGCAAAGGUCAGACUGGAACUGUGGGACACGGCCGGACAAGAAAGGUUUCGAUCUCUAACACGGUCCUAUUAUAAGGAAUCACACGGUGCCGUUCUUGUGUAUGACGUCACAGAUGUGCAAUCCCUGGCUGCAGUGCAGUUUUGGUGCGACUGUAUACGGCUGGAGCUGGGUUACGAUGCCUCGUCCACAGCGACACUGCCGGUUGUUCUACUAGGGAACAAGGCUGACCUACAGACACAGAGAAAAGUCUCAACUAAUAGGGGAGAAGAGGAAGCGGCAAUGCAACAAGUCAUGGAAUUUUUUGAGACGAGUGCAGUGACUGGGGACAACGUUUACUUAGCAUUCAAAAUACUCGCCAAACAUUUGACGGAAACGUUACAUCCAAAACUGCUGAAGAUGUUGCCCAAAGUUGAGGAAGAAGUUGAACCUUCCUGGACGGAAACUAGCUUCAAGCUAGAGCCGGAGGAAACACCAACGGAAGAGAGGAAAUGUCCGUGUACAUCUUAGGUGCUUGAUACGUGUAGCAUUGAGCAUUAAACCGGAGAUUUAUCCCCGUGAAAUGAGGAAUGUCCUCAAAAAAAAAAAUUAGCAGCUCCUCACAUGACAAUACUAUGGACAAUUUUGA